UCUUUUCCUGCGCAUCCUCAUCUCCCUUUAUAUCCUCUUCCCUUCUCAACCUCAGCUCCAAACAAAUCCCAAGUCUUGUUUAUUGAAUCCUUUACUUUCAUCCAUUAAUCUCAUCAUGCACGCACAAGCCUCAUCUCUAACCCUAGAGGUCACCGUUUUAUCUGCUGAUAACCUCCGUGUCGAUCGGACUCCCGUGACCAACAACGUGUAUGUCGUCGUUCGAGCGGAGUCCAUCAACAGCUUCGCCACGGGCAUGGUGUCGGCUACAACUAGCCAGUUCUUGUGGAACGACAAGUUCUUGGUAGAUAUGGCAGUGCACACGAGAUCGAUAACAUUCGAGGUGAAGCACAAGACGGCAAUGGGAGUGGUAAAGAACGUCGGUGUGGCGAGGAUUGCGGUGUCGGAUUUUCUUGGCGGAGGAGGGAGUGGCAUGGUGGAGGACUGUUCUAAGGUUUUGAGCUACAGAUUAAGAGAUGGGGAAGGUUGGCCUAACGGAGUGAUAAAUUUUGAGGUGAAGGUUCUUAUGAGAUGCUCAUCUUCUAAAACAAAACCAGUGGCGGCGAUGACAGGGAGGAAGGUGAGUUCUUGUGGGUUUCAGAUGAGAGCAUCAACGGCGGAUCAGAUGAAGCUUAAUGGAGUUGUCAUUGGGGUACCCACAUGUUGGAACCCCUGUACUGGACGAAAUUCUUGAUCAAAUGCAAUUUUUUUAUAUACAAAAGCAUGGAGCAGCACAAGAAUUUGGAGAAUUUUGUCAAAUGUGUACAAAUUAAAGUACAAACAAAUGAAUGUGGAUGUAAUAAUAUCUCCCUUUUGGCUUU